CACUGUGUUCUGCGUUAGGUCCUUUGCUGUGCUGUUAUCAGCAAUGAAACUAAAAUUACUACAUUUGUAACAAAUACAUAUCAGUGAACUGAUACCACAUGUCAUUUUAAUACUUAACAUGUUAAGUAAUGAGCUUUAGAAGUGCUGGUAGUAGGACUUUUCUCACGUUUUGGACAGUGCCAGGCUAGCUGUUUCCAGUCUUUAUGCUAAGCUAAGCUAAGCUAACUGUCUGCUGGCUUCAGCUUCUUACUCAGUUUAUAGACAUGAGAUUGGUAUCCAUCUUUUCAUCUAACUCUCAGCAAAGAAAGCAAUAAAAGUAUAUCUCAAAAUGACAAACAAUUUUUUUAAACCAAGGUCCACUUAUUAGAAUUCUUCUGGAACUUUCAGCCAAAACCCAUGUCCUUCAUCAUCAGAUGGAGUUUGCUUGCUAUCAUUGAGAUGGUUCAGAUGUCAUCACUUAAAAAUGGCUUCCACAAAACCAUCUGAGUGAAACAGUGGUGACCAGUCAUUUGUUGUGCAGUGGAGGUUUGUAGUAGUGUUGCUGUAAAACCACACACCUCUGUCAUAUAUAAAGGGUGGGUUGUCAGCAGACACACUCACAUGAAGAGAUUAGAGAUUCACUGCUCACUGCUCACUGUCAGCAAUGGAAAUGUCCUCAGUCCUCCUCGUGUGCAUCUUGGUGACAUGUUCAGUCUGGACAGUCCAUGGGAGAUGCGUUGAGAUUAACACUGAUGAUCAGUUGGAGGGGGAUGUGGACCUCUCCGUGGACGCCAGAAAGUUUCCAGGUCUGUGUUGGGCGUGCAAGUGGGCUUUAAACAAGGUGAAGAGAGUCAUUGGACCAAACACCACCUCAGAGAGCGUGAAGGCAAAGUUGCAGGUGAUCUGCAAUGAAAUUGGCCUCUUAAAAGAUCUGUGCCGCAAAUUUGUGAGUAAACACCUUGGAGAAUUAAUCGAGGAGGUCACAACCACUGAUGAUGUGAGGACGAUCUGUGUGAACACCAGAGCCUGCAAUAUUUCUGAUGUUCUCUCUUUAGACCAAAGGAGCUGAUGGACCCGCUCGUUUAUCCAGGAGACGAAGAUUCAUCAACUGAAUUUAAUGAAUUUCCCUGACUUUGUAUGCAUGAAUAAAAAUCAAGCCACAUUUAAUUCGUAAGAAAAAAACAUGAACCAUGGGUGUAUUGUGGUAGUGAGUGACCGGCCACACACUCAGAGAUUUAAAAUAGCAUGAUCAAAGAUCAUUAAGCUUUCUUUUUGUUAUUGCAUUUACUUUGUGUUGCAUUUUUUCUUGUACCAUUAUUUAGCUUGCAAUGCUUUUAAUGUUAAUUUCCACUUCUGUGUCUGUACACAGUUGAUUCCAAUAA